AUGACGAGUCCUGUCACUGGACGGGUUCUGCUCAAUAUCCAAAAAUACUUUACAAUACCUCCCCGGAUAACUCGAGUCACACAAAGACCACCAGCAUCCUUUGAUCCUCAAAUCUUGAGGUAUUACCGUCCACCCCAGAUUUUGAGAGAGUGCAAAGAUGUUCCUAUUCGGGAUGAGUUUCGCCAUACGGAAGCUCCACUACCUUUGAGUUGUCCAUCGCUGUCGAAGCGUCAAGCGAAAGUUCCUCGCCUAGCAGAAGCACGCUCGCCUACCAAAAAAUCACCACAGGAUGCGUCCCGGAUUUUAUGGGCAGCACUUCCUGCCUCAGGAUCAUCACAGCCCUGGUCGUCUGUCCAGACAACCGGUGAGGGGAUCCGACCUCCUGGGCUGAGACACUUCAGCAACGCGUCUCAGCAGCAGGCUGACAGGAAAGACAAAAGCAGCCCGCAGGGUGGGGGAAAGGAGACAGGCCAGAAAGCUUCAUUCAUACCUCCUGACGCAUCGGCAGCUCCCAACAACCACCCGCAUCUUAUCGAUCGUAUACAUAUGCCGCACAUGCCACACUUUCACAGACCGACAAAGGAAGAACUACUUUCGGCAGCAACGGGAUUUUGGUCACGACUGAAGAUACGAUUCAAGUGGUUCUCGAUACGCAGCGUACGUCCAUUCAAUAUUGAUGAGAUCACUGGCUUCAUAUCCUGGAUACUUGUUGGACAUCUCCUCUGGAUAGUAAUUGGUACCACUACAUUCUUCUCCCUGGCCAUCCUUGCCAUCAAUACCGUCUUUGCACAGGAGACGCUAGCUCGAUGGGUGGGAAAUUAUCUUACCAAGUCCACCGGUAUCAAUGUGGUCUUCGAGUCGGCUAUUGUGCCCGAAUGGCGAAGUGGUGUCAUCAAGUUCGAGAACGUCUUCGUCUCAAGGAGACCAGGCCAGAUUGAUGGAGCUGGAGUAAGUAAGGGAACUCGAGAAAGCGCAGCAAUUGCAGCCGCAGCGGCCAAUGCUGAUCCCAACGAGGACACAAAUUACACCCAGUUUGACCUUUCCAUCAACGAAGUGCUCGUGACGUUAUCGUUCGCGAAAUGGUUCAAUUCAAAAGGAAUUUUGCAGAAUGUCGAAGUUAAAGGCAUGCGUGGGGUUGUCGAUAGAACUAAUGUUCAUUGGACAGGCGAAUAUAUUGAUCCAAAAUCGUACAGACAUGAGCAUAAUCCUGGAGAUUUUGAGAUAGAUUCUUUCAAAUUGGAAGAUGUUCUGGUUACGCUUCAUCAGCCCAAAGGCUUUCGACCCUUCACGGUGAGCAUUUUCUCCGCUGACCUCCCUCAACUGCGCAAACGAUGGCUUUUCUACGAUAUCCUCUCUGCCAAUCAAAUGCACGGCGCUUAUGAUAAUUCCUUAUUCACCAUCCAUCCACACCAGAACCACUCUCACAUCGCAACAACGCACGAUACCCAUCAUGAAAAUAAUCCUUGGAAAAAGUAUUCUCGCAUUCGCGUCGACAGCUUGAAUAUCGACCAUCUCAACCGUGGUGUGCAAGGCCCAUUUUCAUGGAUCCAUGAAGGAAACGUCGACAUCGUAGCAGACAUCAUGUUCCCAGCCGAUAGCGACGAAAGCGUCCUCAAAGUCAUGAGUGAUUUCUACGAGAGAAUGGAGGCCGCCCUGACCGAGAAAAAGCGACAGCCGUCCGCGUUCAAUGAGACGGAUCAAGAAACAGAGGAUGAUAAACGCUUUCUCGUCAUGGACUUGAGGAUCCACCUGAACGAUGUUAGGGCCGCGGUUCCACUCUUCACUAGAGAUCUCAGCUAUGUAAACAAUGCCUUGAUUCGACCUAUUGUCGGAUACAUCAAUUCUCGACGGACUUUCAUUCCCAUUAACUGCCGGGUCGUGAAACGAGCAAGCGACUUUGAUGGUAGUUGGAGUUUGUUCGAUAGCGGUUUGAUGGAAGAUCUAAGUGCAGAGCACUUCCAGACUUAUGAAGCCUUCGCUCGCGAUGUCACUGAUGAUCAAGCUCGUAUGCGCCGGAUCAAGAAGGUCGGGCUCUGGUCUCUGCAGUUAGCAGUCCAAGCUAUCUUUAUGGGCAUGGCGGGCAAUAUUGCUUGA